AUGGCGAUGAACUUUGGGGACCAUGCUAGCGGGUUCCGCCACAAUGAUGUGAUCAGGUUCAUCAACAAUGAAGUCCUCAGGAAUGGCGGCGGCCCAGCCUUUUACAUGGCCUUCCGCUCGCGGCCAUGGAACGAGGUAGAGGACCGGCUUCGGGCCAUUGUGGCCGACUCGCGGGUGCCCCACGCCAUUAAGAGGGCCUGUACCUGGAGCGCUUUGGCUUUGAGUGUGUGAGUGGCUGCGAGGCAGCGGGAGCAGCUGCUGUACCGUGUUCGGCGGCUGCAAGAGCAUGUGGAGGAGCGCCAGAUGACCUCCUGGGCUCUAACCUCCCAGCUGCAGCAGCUGCGACUGCAGCAUGAGGAGGCGGCAACACAGCUGCACCUCACGCAGGCUGCCCUGCAGCAGGCGCUGAAUGAGCGUGAUGGGUUAUGCGGUAGGCUGCGUGAAGUUGAGAGAUCCAUGGAGGUCUAUCCGAUACCUCAGGAUUUUGUACCUGGUCCAGAAGCCGGCCAGUAUGGGCCUGUGGCCGGGACUUUAAAUGCAGAACGGAGUGAGGCGGUGACCACAGAGGCACAGGGAAUGCCACAUUCGGAAGCCCAGAUAGCAGCCCCAGCAGCUGUGUUUUUCAUGCCUGAACCCCAGAGUGGCAGGGUCCAGGGCAUGCAACCCCUUCUGCCAAUGCAGGCGCCUCAUCCAGUCCCAUUCCAUGUGCCUUCACCAAUGGGACUGCCAUACUCAACACCUCUACCACCCCCAGUAGUAAUGGAAUCAGCAGCAGCAAUUGCACCACAGAUGCCUCCUGCAGGGAUCUAUCCACCUGGUCUUUGGGCCACAGUGGGGUCCCAGGGGGAGACGGCCCCUCUGUGGGACCAGAAGUGCCAUGGCCAGGAUGGAUAUCCUGAGAAUUUCCAAGGAGUAUAUCUCCCAGGGGAUAACAGAAGCUGCAACCAAAAGGAAGGUUCUGAGUGUCCCCAAGGAAUGACCUCCCAAGGGGACAGCAGCAGCCACAGCCUGAAGAAAGAUCCAGUGAUGCAACAGGACACAGCUCCCCCAGAGUUUAGCAGGAGCCACAGCCUGAAGAAAAAACCAGCAAUGCCCAAGGAGAUUGUCCCCAUAGGGGACAGCAACAGCCACAGCCUGAAGAAAGAUCUAGUUGUGCACAAGGAGAUGGUCUCCCUGGGGGACAGCAACAGCCACAGCAUGAAGAAAGAUCCAGUGAUGCCCCAGAAGAUGGUCCCCCUGGGGAAGAGUAGCAGCCACCACCUGAAGAAAGAUCCAGUGAUGCCCCAGGAGAUGGUCCCCCUGGAGGAGAGCAACAGCCACAGUCUGAAGAAAGAUCCAGUGAUGUGCCAGGAGAUGGUCCCCCUGGGGGACAGCAACAGCCAUAGCCUGAAGAAAGUUCCAGUGGUGGCCCAGGGCACAGCUCCCCUGACGUUUAGCAGGAGACACAGCCUGAAGAAAGUGCCAGUGAUGCCCAAGGAGAUGGUCCCCCUGGGGGACAGCCACAGCCUGAAGAAAGAUCCAGUUGUGCACAAGGAGAUGGUCCCCCUGGGGGACAGCAAUAGUCACAGGAUGAAGAAAGAUCCAGUGAUGCCCCAGAAGAUGGUCCACCUGGGGGACAGCAGAAGCCACAGCCUGAAGAAAGAUCCAGUGAUGCCCCGGAACAUGGUCCCCCUGGAGGACAGCAACAGCCACAGUCUGAAGAAAGAUCCAAUGAUGCGCCAGGAGAUGUUCCCCCUGGGAGACAGCAACAGCCAUAGCCUGAAGAAAGAUCCAGUGGUGCCCCAGGGCACAGCUCCCCUGACAUUUAGCAGGAGACACAGCCUGAAGAAAGUGCCAGUGAUGCCCAAGGAGAUGGUCUUCCUGGGGGGCAGCAACAGCCACAGCCUGAAGAAAGAUCCAGUGGUGCCCCAGGGGACAGCCUCCCUGGGGUUUAGCAGGAGGCACAGCCUGAAGAAAGAGUUAGUGAUGCCCAAGGAGAUGGUCCCCCUGGGGGACAGCAACAGCUACAGCAUGAAGAAAGAUCCAGUGAUGCCCAAGGAGAUGGUCCCCCUAGGGCACAGCAACAGCCACAUCCUGAAGAAAGAUCCAGUGGUGCACCAGGAGAUGGUCCUCCUAGGGGACAGCAACAGCCACAGCCUGAAGAAACAUCCAGUGAUUCCGCAGGGCACAGCCUCACUGAAGUUUAUCAAGAGCCACAGCCAGAUGGAAGGUCCGGAGAGGCCCCAGGCAACCUCUCUGGAGGAUAGCAAGAGCCAUGGUGUGAAAAAUAGCCCAUGAAAACACCAGCCUCAGGGGCAGAAGGUCAAGCAACGAAAAAGGAAAAAGGCCUCAGAAUCCCAGCAACAGAAGCCUGCCUCAUGCUCCAGCCCAGUGAAUUGGGCCUGCCCAUGGUGUAAUGCCAUGAAUUUUCCAUGGCACAAGGUGUGCUAUAAAUGCAAGAGAGUCCAUAUGCCAGUUGAGAAUGGCAGCGUUGACCCAGCGUAAACUCAUUGAUUUCAGGAAGUUUUACAGGUGAAGUCCUGUUUUUGUGUCUUAGCCCCACCAAACUUGCUUGUUUCUGAAGAAGCUGAACCUGUGACAUUAGAAGAUCUGCCAAAGCCACAAGAAGUAACACCUCAGUUCUGAUGGACUCACACCUCACUGAGACCCCAGCUGGCUGCAGUCAAGAAGAGUGAAAGGAAGUCAGGCAAGAAGAGAUAAUUUGACACUCAUUAGGGGGAAAAGGAAGAACAAAAUUGUUUUUGUAGAGUUGAAUUUUUUUCAUUGGUAUGGGAAUUAACUUAGAAAAGUGUUAAAUUCUAUAGAUGAUAGCAACUUUGAUGAAUUUCCCUUAAUUCAUUAAAUGAGAAGUUUAGGGAAAGAGUUUAGGGGGUUGUAGUGUUAAAUUCUAUAGAUGAUAGCAACUUUAAUUUCAUUUAAUUCAUUAAAGAAAUAGUUAUUGCCUAGUAUGUUUUGGGAGCUAGACUUGUAUGUUAUUAUCUAGUACACACAGCAUAAUCUUUUAUUGUGAGUUUGGUUAGAAGAUAGGAAAGAGCAUAAUUUGGCAUACACAUUAGAUCAGGGAUGUCUUCUUUGCUUGCAUAUAGCGUGACCUUGGAUAAAAUCAAUUGAAGUAACAUCCAGAUCCAUUUCUGUGCUUCUGGGGCCAAUGCGAAAGAGACUUUCAUGAAAGGUUUUUUGUUUUGUUUUUGUUUUUUAUUUUUUUGAGCAAUGAGGUCUCAGUUUGU